AUGGCAAGAAAGAGAGCGCCCCGGAACUGGUUUGACAAAGUUGGGAGAAAAUUUAUCCGAUCAUCUCAUAGAAACAUUAUUCUCAAUUCCAAUGCCUGCUCAAGUCCCAGUGAUGAAAAAGACAGUGAGAUUGCAGAAGCAGCUGGUUAUGAGGUCUUACAUAGCACAGCUUCACCACCUUCAAAGAGAGCACUCACCAUAGAAGAUAUAGCAGCAAUCACAAUUCAAGCAAAUUUCAGGGGUCACCUUGCAAGACGGGCGUUUCGAGCACUCCAGAGCCUGGUGAAAUUGCAAGCAUUAGUUCGGGGUGUGCAUGUAAGGAAACAAUCUCGCAUAGCAUUACAAUGCAUGCACGCACUCGUCCGGUUGCAAGUCAAGGUUCGAGCAAGGCAGCUUCUCAGCCAGUGCAGUGACAACUGA